AUGAAUGGUCAAGGUUUCGAUUGGUCUUACCUAUCUUCAUCAAACACGUCGUCAGCUUCAUCUCCUGAUCAAUUACCUAGAAAGAGUUUUGGAAGUUAUUCAAAUGAUAGAGUGGUUUCCAAUAAUACCAUCAAUAGUAAUUCAUCAUUCCUUAAUAUUGCUAGAAGUGAUAAUAAUAGUGUGGAAAGUAUUGCUCAUUCUACUUCAAUGUCAGGUACAAAUGAUAUUAGUGGGUUAGGAAGUUUGGGAGGUGGUGAUUAUGGUGAUGAUGAUUCAGGUAUACCUUUAUCAUUAACUGCUCAAGAAUUGACUUUACAAGAAUCAAAAACUUAUAUGAGAUGGUAUAGUGAUAUACUAGCAAGAACAAAUAGUAGAACUAUAACUAUGAAUGAUGUGUUUAAUUUCUUAGUUAAUUUUAAAAUAUCUCAAAUUACAAAAGAUAAAAUUAAUAGAAUAUUUCAAAAGAUUAUUUACUCAAUUAAUAUUGGAGAAUUUUUUGCUUUAUUAAGAUUAAUAAGUCAUACUUUAAAUGGAGCAGAUCCAAGUCGAAAAUUAAUUAAGGUUCAAGCUCCUGUACCAACUCCUCCUUCAAUCUUAUCAAAAAAGAGACAAAAUGAUGAUGAUAAUGAUAGUGAAGGUAAUAAUCAUAAUGAUAAUGAUUCAUUAUUAUCUUCAUCAAAUAUAGCGAAUGGUGGAUCUUAUAAUGGUGAUUCAAAUGGUUUAGAUCAAAAAAAUGGUUCAUCAUCUUUACCUGAACCAAAUAAACCUUUGGAUAUUGAUAGUUUUACUCAAUUUAUCCUUACUGGUGAAAGACCAGAUGAUACCCCUAAAAAGAAAAGAAAUAAAAAAUUAAAAUCAGUUAAAUUUUCAGAUAACGUUGUUACUGAUGUUCAUGAAGAUUCAUUUAUGCCAUCACCAUCAGGGUCACCAUUUCCUCAAUCUGAAACUUUGGAUUAUUCAUUACCAAUGGAUCAAUUAUUAGAUCGAGUUAAAUCUCAACCUCAAGUUCCUAUAAAGCCUCCUUCACCUGAUGAAGAAGAACAAGAUUUAUUAAAAGAUAUGGAAAAUCAAAUUAAUCAUUUUCAAAAUUUACAUUCAGUUGAUACAGCUUUAAGAGGUGGUACUCUGUCAAGUAUUCAUUUUCAUGAUGGUUAUAGUAGUGAAAAUUUAUUAAGACCAAAUGUAACUGGACCAAAUGAUAUGGCAAGAUUAUUUAGUCCUUCACCUGAACCAGGAUUAUUAAAACCAAAUAUGACAGGCCCAGUUCAAAUGGCUCAAUUAUAUGAUACUUCAAGAGAUGAUGAUUAUCAAGAUGAAAUUGAACCACAAAAUUAUUUAAAACCAAAUGUUACAGGACCAGCUGAUAUGGCAAGAUUUUUUCCUCCUGAUAACAUGUAUAAUAAUAAUAAUAAUCAAGAUGCUUCAGCUCCUAAGAUGUCAUUACAAUCAUUUACAAAUCAGAUGACAGGUAAUACCAUUGCGAAUACAUUACAGAAUGCAAGAGUUACUGAUGAUGGUUCACCAUCUCGUCCUCAAUCUUCAUCAUUUUCAACCGGUUCUAGACCAACACCCCCACCUCCUGCACCAACCACAAGAAGAAGUAGAUCAAUAUCAUCUCCUACUCCAAGGAUCAGUUCCCCAUUAUCUAAUAAUGUAACCAUUGCUGAUCCAGGGGCACCGUAUUAUGGAAAUUCAUUAACGGUGGGUCCACCUCCUGUUCCCAUAAGAUCACCUUUACAUGCUAGUCCAAAUACAAGUACAGCAAAUUUAUUAAACAAUAUUGGUGCUGGUGCCAAAGUUCCUCCUCCUCCACCUCCAUCAAGAAGAAGAAAUGUUUCUACAAGUAUUCCAAGUCCUCAACCUACUAACCCUCCAUUACCACCAAAAAUUUCUAUUGGUGAAAAUAGUAAUGGUUUAAGUGGACUUUAUAGUAAUAACAGUUCGAAUGAUAGUACAGUUAAUAUAUUGGAUGAUUUAAAGGCAUUACAAGAAGAAGUUGAUAAAAUACGAGAUAUGACUGGUGGGUUUUAA